GGGCGGACUGACCAUUUGGAGACUCGGGCACUGCCCAAGGGCCCAGGGUCAGUAGGGGGCCCCAUGAGAUGCCCCUGGUACCUUUUUCAUAGGCUUUUUUGAAUUUGGACAAGGACACAGGGGCUGCAUGAUCCCCUAUUGCCUGGGGGGGCCCCAUAAGUUGUCAUGCUGCCCAUCAGUGCCACCUAACAGUGUCCAUCAGUGCCGUCUAUCAAUGCCCAUCAAUGCCGCCUAACAGUGCCCAUCAGUUCAGUCUAUCAAUGCC